UGUGAAUAUUUCAUCAGCGAUGUUAAAGAUAAGGAGGAGCUCAUAAAAAAAUUAACACACUUUACACACCUAGAAGAUUUAAAAGACAAAGGUAUUGGUAUAAGAGAUAUUUCAAAUAACAUAUUAAAAUUAUUGAAUGAUAAUAAAUACCUAAAAAAUGAGAGAAUAGAAGCAGCAAAAUAUGCAAAUAUUUGUACUAAUAUAGAAUCGAAACCUAUAGAAAAAAAAGGGUUUUUUUCGAAUAGAAAAAAAAAGAAGAAGCAUAAAAUUAAAAGAACAAGUGAAUAUAGUAGAAGAAAUAUUAAUGAUCCAAGAAAUCUACGACAAAGUUUACAAUCAAAAAAUAUAUUAGAUCAAAUACAAGAAGAAAGGAAAUCAAUUUAUGGAUAUACAAAUGAUGAUGAUAAUAAUCGAUUUAAUGAAAAAAGAUAUGAUACAGAAGAAAAUAAUCAUAAUCAUAUUUCUUCAUAUUCUUCAAAUAUUUCAUCAUCAUCAUCUUCUUCUACUUCUUCAUCGUCAUCUUCCUCAACAUCAUCAUCUUCAUCAUCACCCUCGUCAUCAGCAACAUCUUCAUCUUCUCGAAGUAUUAAUAGACAUUCAUCUAAUAGUUCUCUUUCAAAUUACAAAACAAAUAAUAAUCAUAAAAAAAUAUCAAAACGAAAAAAACGUAUAAAACAUAAAAAGCAUUCAAUAUCCUCAUCUGAAAAAUCGUCAAGAAGAUCUAAUCGUUCCAUAUCAAAUUCUCAAGAUGAAUAUAAUAAUAACUCAUCUAAAUUAUCUACACAAUCAAAAGGCCAUUCAGCGUCACGUACAUCAUCAUGUGUAUCGUCGCAUACUUCUUAUAAACAUUCAUCUAGAUUAUCAUCACGUUCAUCAACUUCUUCCUCGGACUCGAACAGCUAUUCUAGUCGUUCUAGGGGAAGGUCACAUAUGAGAAAUAAACAUGCACGUUCAAGAAAAAAUAAAAGAGAAAAGGAAAAAAAAAAAAGAAGAUCAACAACUAGACACAAAUGA